CUGUAUCUGAUUUGAUAUUCCGAGUUGAGGAGUUCUAUCUUCUCUCUUUCAUUCUUUCUGGUCCCCCACCUAUGGCGUUGGGGUUCUGUUCGAUCGAUCCCGUAAAUCCCGAGCUCUACAUCUUUUCUCGUGACAGUCCCAGGACCAGAACCAGUCCCAGUCCCGCACCCCAACCACGCUCACCACCAUCUCCGCCCAGAACACGGCGCGUGAGUACAUCCCGCGCUCCCUCAUCGCCUCAAACAUCCUGCUGCGGAGGGAUCCAAUCAUGACUUCCAUUGUAAGA